CCCAAAAUUCAAAAUCCAAACCAAAGACUAGGGUUUUUUUUUUUUUUCCUUUUCUAAUGGGAGAAAUGAAAACGGAGGACAUGCCCCUUCCUUCCCUCUUCGAUGAAGCUUCAAAAAUCCAUGUAAAAGCAACCGAAUCUGGUUCCAGUGAUCAGGAAUUGGUGAAGAAGGGAAUCGAAUCUCUGGAGAAAUGUGAGGAAAUGAUUAGUAAACUGGGUCUGUUUUCUUCUAAUGAGACUAAGGAGGAUAUUAGCACUACAAAUCUCAAGUAUAUUCUGGUGCCAUUCUAUCUGGCAGAGCUGGCUGAAAAAAUUACGCAGGAUGAUAGGAUACAAAUUUUAAAGGCUUCCCAAGCAAAGUUAAAGGAAUUCCUCUCAUUUUGUGAGGCAAUGGAACUUGUACCGGAGGAGGAGUUGCAAGCAUCUUCUCAAGGGGCUCCAAAUACUUUUGUAGAUCGAAGGGCCCUAAAGAUUGCCAGAUACAAACGCCAAAGAGCUGCUGAGGCAAAGCUGGAGGAAAUAAAGGAGUGGAAAGAGAGGCGUGGUCGUUCAACUAAAGCUGCAGCGGUAUCAACUCCAGUCGAGGCAGGGGAGGAAGACGUGCUGGAUGAUGAUGGAGAAGAAGAGCGAGAGGCUUGGAUUACUACCAUCUCUUUGGCUAUUUGUAAGGCAAUCGAUCUACUGGAAAUGUUAAAGAAGGAGGAAGAAAUGCUUUUGGCUGUAAAGGAAAGACAACUAAAGGAAGGGGGCAAAGCUUUUUCCCAGACUAUUCUUGAUGAACGUGCCAAGAAAGCUGAAAAUUGGCAUCGUGAUGCUGCAGUGAAAGCAAGAUAUACUCAACCAGCACAGCCUAUCACAUGUGCUACUUUUGCUCAAGAUGUUCUAGAAGGGAGAGCAAAGGUUUCGCAAGCACAUGAUCAUAAGCACGUGCCAAUUACAUUUGGACCAGCAAGUCUUGUGGGUGGAAGCCUAACUAGCGAAAGGGAAAGGAUGAGAGCACAGGUCUUCCAACCUGGCCAUAGGUUACCAACCAUGAGCAUAGAAGAAGCCGGGUUAAAGGAGAUGGAGAUUAUGAAUAAAUGGCAAGAGAGAAAUGCUGAACUCAUGGAAGAAGCCAACUCUGCAUGGUACAAGGACAAUCCAAAAUCAAAACUCAGUGAAGAAGAUGAUGAUGAAGAUGACGAUGCUGCUGUGCAGAAAGCAAGAGCAUGGGAUGACUGGAAAGAUGAUCAUCCUCGGGGUGCUGGCAAUAAGAAGCUCACCCCUUGUGGUUAAAGUUGGUGGGUGGUCUAUGUAUCUGCGAUGUACACUUUUGAACAUAGCUAAAACUCAUCUUUUGCGUCUCAGAUACUGCUCUCACAAAUUUUGGAUUGGUGUUAUCGUUCCAGUGUUCGUUUGAACAAGUUACACCAUGUAUUAUAUCUAUCUCAAUACGAAUGAGAAAACUUGUGUUCACGUAGUGUCUGCCAACUUUGUUGUUCAAAGUGGCUUUUCUCUCA